AUGAGGGACCUGGGGGAGGAGUUCGUGGAUGUACCCCUCGAGAGCCUCUCAUGGGGGAAUCUCGAUGGUAGGGGGAGAGAUGGGGACUCCCUGUUGCAGGAUGCUCGGGUGCUGCGGCCCGGCGGCGGCGGCGGCGGCGCGGGAAAGCCGUCGAGGGUCGCGAGCGGGUUGAGGAGGUUGACGACGAUCACGAGCAGGGUGGUGGAGGGGAGGAGGACUCUCCAGGCGAGGGGAGAGAUAUCAGGCGCGGAAUCGGGCCUACGGGGCCUGCGGUUCCUCGACGAGAAGGCCUGCAGGGGGAAGGAAGGUUGGAAGGAUGUGGAGAGGAGGUUCCUCCAGUUGGCCGCCGACGGGAGACUCGCAAGGGAGGACUUCGGACGCUGCAUCGGUGAGUUCGCUCGCUCCGAUCGGCGCGAGAUGAUUUCAUCAGAAAAGAGGAUCGGAUCUCGCUGAACUUGUCUUUCUGUGACUCGCGAAUGAUGAUUCAAAAAGGAAUGGCGGACUCUACGGAGUUCGCCAGCAAGCUCUUCGAUGCGUUGGCGAGGAACCGGAGCAUAACGUCGGAUGUCGGUGUCACGAAGGACGAAUUGAAAGCCUUCUGGGAGAGAAUGGCAGAUCAGAGCUUCGAUUCUCGCCUGCGAAUCUUCUUCGACAUGUAACUCUCUCUCUCUCUCUCUCUCUCUCUCUCUCUCUCUCUCUCUCUCUCUCUCUCCCCCCCCCCUCUCUCUCUCUGGAAUAUCCUGACAGUGUAGCAGCGGCUGGAAUGUCUCAGGUGCGACGAGAAUGGCGAUGGGAAGUUGACAGAAGCUGAGGUGAAAGAGGUACCGAGAUUCUCCCCCGUUCCAAUCCAUGAAUGAGCUCGGUUCCUGAAGAAUUGAAGGAAAGAAAAAAUUAUAUAACUUGGUAAUUCGUCUAUAGGUGAUCAUAUUGAGCGCGUCGGCGAAUAAGCUCGCCAAGAUAAAACCACGCGCAGCAGAUCAUGCCUCUCUAAUCAUGGAAGAACUUGACCCCGACAAUCUUGGUUACAUCGAGGUCUGCAGAGAGGAAACACGAUACAGAUGCAGUUCCCUUUGAUCCAUCAGCGAAGUUUUUCUUACAAUCUUGGAGAUUGAUUUUUCGGUAUCAACAGAUUUGGCAACUCGAAACCUUACUUCGAGGAAUGCUGAGCUCCGAACCCCAUGAGAGCUUCACGAAGAACAACAGCCAGAGUUUGGCUAGAAAGGCGAUACCACGGCGACACAGGAACCCCAUAAAGAGAUGCCUCAACGAGGCCUCGGAUUUCCUUCACGAGAAUUGGAAGAGGCUAUGGAUUACCACGGCGUGGUUGGUAUUGAACGCGGUCCUGUUUCUGUGGAAAUUUUACCAGUACAAGAAGAAAUCAGCCUUCCAAGUGAUGGGACAUUGCGUCUGUGUAGCCAAGGGAGCAGCAGAGACUUUGAAACUGAAUAUGGCACUAAUCCUGCUUCCUGUCUGCCGAAACACCAUAACCAAGCUCAGAUCAACAGUUCUCAGUUCAUUCAUCCCAUUUGACGACAGCAUUAACUUCCACAAGGUACGGCGGCGGCCUUGUUCAUCAUCAUUUGUAUAAAGUUUUUAUUGCUUCAUGUGUUUGGUAGUAUCACUGGUUUUUAUUACUGGUUUCAAAAUAUAAAUCUAUCGUCUUUGUAAAGUGAGAAUCCAAGGGGUUCUGUUUCUGAUGUAAUUAUUAGUUAAUGAAAUAUUUUUAUGAUUUUCAUUCAAAAUAAAUGCAGAAUCAAUUUUUUAAAAUGCUUUUAUUAAACCUGCUUUUCUUCUGCAGAUCAUUGCCCUGGGGAUCACUGCUGGAACCUUCACUCACACCGUGGUUCACAUGGCAUGCGAUUUCCCCAGGCUUACACAAUCCCCGGUGUUCAUGAGAGCUCUCGGAGCUAGUUUCAGCUACAAGCAACCGACAUACUUGGCUCUUCUAUCAAGUGCUACUGGGAUAACUGGCAUCAUUAUGAUCAUCUUAAUGUCGUUUUCCUUCACAUUGGCCACACACUCUUUCAGGAGGAAUGUAGUCAAGCUUCCAUCCCCACUCCAUUACCUGGCUGGCUUCAAUGCCUUCUGGUACGCCCACCACCUGCUGGCUCUCGUCUAUGCUCUCCUGCUCGUCCAUUCAUACUUCAUCUUCCUCACCAGGGUAUGGUACCAGAAGACGGUAAGAUGGGUGUUUAAAUUCUGAAAAUAGUAAUCUUUUGGGCAAUAUCGGCCGCUAGUAACUGAGGUUCACCGGGAAGCUUCUCUCACAGACAUGGAUGUAUCUUCUGAUUCCGGUGAUUGCCUACGCUGGUGAGCGACUUGUCAGAGCUUUUCGAGAAAAGCAGUACCAUGUGACCAUUGUUAAGGUCUGUGGUGACUUGAAUUUUUAUUUUUUUAUAUAAAUUAUUGCAUAUUUAGCUUUAAAAAUGUAGAAACCAUAUAAUUAAUAUUUUUAUAAAUCAUCCGUAUGACAGAACCAUCAAGAAGGUGGUCUGUAAUCUGAUGCUCAAAAAUAGCAAAAAUCUCACUUCCACUGAUAUCUGCUUUGAAAAAAUUGAAAAAUGCAGGCUGCUAUAUAUCCAGGAAAUGCCCUUUCGCUACACAUGAAGAAGCCACCUGGGUUCAGAUACAAGAGUGGGAUGUAUCUGUUCGUCAAGUGCCCUGAUGUGUCCCCAUAUGAGUGGUAAAUAUAUAUAUAUAUAUAUAUAUAUAUAUAUAUAUAUUUAUAUAGUUAUAUAAUGUGGAUAAUGCCAGAGAAUCACCAUGAAUUAGCAGCUUCUCCUUACUGAUUUUCGAGUCUGAUCUGCCCAGGCAUCCCUUCUCCAUCACCUCUGCACCCGGAGAUGUCAACCUGAGCAUUCAUAUUCGUGCGCUUGGAGACUGGACGACAGGGCUGAGAAAUCUGUUCGGGAAGGUCAAAAAAGCUUCCAUUUCUCGACUCGAUUCGGCCCCAAACCCCAAAAUUAAGAGGGCGGGAUUUCCCUGGCGCAGGUCUGCGAGGCUCAGUUCACCUCCAAGAAGACUAGCUUGUCCAGGCUUGACACCACGGUGAUCGCUGAUGGAGAAUUCCAAGAGACCAGGUAACCACAGACAGCUCUCUUCUUCUUCUUCUUCUUCUUCUUCUUCUUCUUCUUCAUCUCGUUCUCCUGUUCUGCAGGUUCCCCAGGCUUCUAAUCGACGGACCAUACGGCGCCCCAGCUCAAAAUUACAAGAAAUACGACAUUCUUCUGCUCAUUGGUCUCGGAAUCGGCGCAACUCCCUUCAUCAGCAUUCUAAAUGAUCUCCUGAACAACAUCAAAUCAAACGAACCCAUACUGGUGAGCCAUCCUAACAUUUUUUAUUAUUAUUUUUAUCUUUUAUUUUAAAAAUGUGCACUGCCCAUGAAUUUGUAACAAGUCCAACGAUCCAGAUGCAGGAAGCAGAGGGCAAGAACGCGACAGACAUGUGCAGGAUCAGAGGGAAAUACCCGGCAAGAGCUUACUUCUACUGGGUCACGAGGGAUCAAGGCUCCUUCGAAUGGUUCAAAGGCGUCAUGAACGAUGUUGCAGAGUGCGACAACAAUGUAAUUUCCCUUCUCCCCAAGAAGACCUCGCCUUCCAUUACCUUUCCUUUCCUUGUGGCCGGCGGGAGAACUGACCCAGGAGGAAAACUCCCCGGCUGCCUCAGAAUAUCAUCGAAAUGCACAACUACUUGACCAGCGUAUACGAGGAGGGCGAUGCGAGGUCGGCGCUCAUCGCAAUGAUCCAGUCUCUCCAGCACGCCAAGGAUGGAGUUGACGUCGUCUCCGGAAGCCGGGUGAGUUGACUCGAUUAUCAAUAGAACAAAAAAAUAGUUUUUUUAUUCAUGUUUGGACUCAUCCGGUCCGCAUGGAUUAUUGCUCGUGAUUCUUACUCCCCCGUUGACUUCUUAUAAUCAUCCUCCCCCUCUUAUAAACAAAACAAAAAUAAAGAGCUUGUUUAUUCGAGUUUCGAUUCAGUACGGCCCGCGUGGAUCAUCAUUCGUAAUUCUUAGUACCCAGUUGACUUCUUACAAUCAUCUUCCCCCUCUCAUAAACAGAACAAAAAAAGGAGCUUUUUUAUUCAAGUUUCGAUUCUGUCCGGUCCACAUGGAUCAUUGUUCGUGAUUCUCGCUACCCCGUUGACUUCUUACAAUCAUUUGUGACUCUCAGUAGAUCGAUAAACAUCGUGUCCAUUAAUUACCGCUCCAAUUCUCGGCAGAUACGGACGCACUUUGCGAGGCCAAACUGGAGGAGGGUCUUCUCGGAGCUGGCCAACAGCCACAGAUCCUCGCGGAUCGGUAUGCAUCUGAGAACUCUCCGCGCCCCGCCAUCACCUUCUUCCUAUUCUAACCGCAGCAGGGGGGAUUACACUCGCAGGAGUCUUCUACUGUGGCCCUCCGACGCUCACGAACCAACUGAGGGUGCUCGCCCAGGAGUUCAGCCACAGUACGACCAGCCGUUUUCACUUCCACAAGGAGAAUUUCUGA